AUGGUUCGUGACUUGUCUGACGAGUUGAGCCUACGGCACCUUCCAGACAUCUCAGAUGCUUCAUUUUCAAUGGAACUUCCGACUGGGAACUCCCCCGAUACUCUCCUCCUUGCCGAACGGUCAGACUUCAUACACGUCGCCGAAAUCACUUUCGGGUGUCUCGCCGAAGCCACACCAUCUCGUACCUCGACGCUAGGCCAGGUCACACCGAAGCCAUUCAACAAUGCACCCCAGAACUCACAUCGACACGGACAUCAACAAAUUGAUCCCAUUGCUCCAGAACUUGUGGCGACUGUCAUCCAAACUUCGAUAACACCGCCAGAUAUUCGGUUGCCUUCGCUGUUGUAUGAGAAGCCGAACCAGCGCCAGAUGAAGCGCAAGGGUAACGUCGUCGACGACGAUAGCGGUGAAGGGGGCUCCGGAACUCUACGAACGUUCCAGAAGAAGCUGGAUCGUAGAGCGGGGCUGGUCAAACUACCUGGUGAGAGCUCGAACCCGAGUGAGCGUAAUACCAAUGGUGCAAAGAAACCGCUUGUUCGCCACAUUCCUGGACUAAGUAACAGCAAAGAAGCCAACGACGCGAAUCCGACAGCAUUGCAAUCGAAGCCUUCCGAUUUCCAAGCAACGUUUCCAACUGCUAAAGGCAAAUACUCUCCGAUAGAACGUAUUGCAUCGCAACACGAUAACACUGAGCAGACGGCUCGCGCUGACAAAGGCAGCACCUCCCCCGACAAGUUCGCCACCGUCGCCUUCGACGAUGACAACUUCAACCCAGAUAUUAGCUCUAUUUCGGUAGCCGCACCCAUUGCUAAGCGCCUUCUUGAAUACACUCAGAAUUAUAUUCCUUCUCCUAUAAGCCCGGGUAAACCGACUGAGCAGCAUCAAAUCGUUCUCGACCGCCUGCCUGAGCAAGCCUGCGAUUUGCCCCAUCCUCCAGGCACAGCCCAAGCUUUGCAUGGCGACGAUGGUCCUCUGACCCUUUCCCAACUCUCUCCACGGAAAGAAACUCAAGCUGUCGAACCUACCGCCGGCGCUCCUCCUUCACCACUCCGGACGUCCCUCAAGCGGUCACCCGAUACCAAUACUAAAGCUCCCCAGGCUAAACGACCCAAGCUGACGUCCACAUGCAGAAGAAUUUCCUUAUCUGUUCUUGGGCGUGCUCGGAAUCCUACUAAGCCUGACGCUUCUGCUCACAAGAUGGUGGGCCUAAAGCCGAGACGGAUCGCUUCUGCUUCUUCUGCCCUCCCAUCUGGCCGAGGCAAAUUAUCAAAUCAGGUGUCGUCGUUGUCGAAGAAAAGCCAGUCACAGAAGGAGAAGGCCAAGAAGGUCUUGCCUCGCGUCAAUUCUUCCCAACGAUCCUUGCGGGAUUCGGAAAAGGAAAACGAAGGGACGCCACAUGACAGUACCCCGCACGUUGGGCUUUCCGGUGUAGGAGGUCGGAAUAAGGCAGGACCCAGUGCAUCUGUCCCAUGCAACCCCAGACCACCUGCUGUUCCAGGGUCAUCGACUGUGCGAUCUCAAUAUUCGAACGGUCACAGCAACAACAGCAAGUCCCUCAAUAAUAUCGUCGAAUCCAGAGCUCAGAGCCGAAGUCAAAGUCACCGCGAUAAAUGGUUCCAUCCAGUCCCUGAUUUCAAAGCUCUCCACGCGAUGCACGAAUCGACGGUCGCUAAUCGGAGAGGUCAGAUCGCGCCUGUUAUCCCCGCACCCAUUCAAUUCCAAACGGAUAUUCGGGCAAAAAAGAGGGAGAAGUUUGAUGAGAUGGUUAGGGAGAAGGAGAGGGAGAAGCAACUUAUGGAGGAACGAAGGGAACGGGAGAGAGCGCUCGAGGAGGAGAAGGAGGUUAUGCUGAUGAGGAGGAAGGCUAUUCCGAGAGCACACGAGGUACCUGAAUGGUACAAGGACGCGCCCAAACGAAAGAAUGGGGGUGCUACUGUCAAGGACGGAACGUAA